CAUCGUGGGGGUGUCAUUAUCGGGUCAAGGACCACCUAUGGGUGCCAUAUUUCGGUUUCGACUGGUGCCCUUGCACUCUAUAUGCAUGACAUGGCAUUGUUGUCGUUGUGUGUGAGCACGGUGAGAGCCAGUGAUUCUGUGACGACGUUUCUUGGUAUUCAGGCUAACUGUUCACUGGGUAUAAAUAAUCGUACAUGUACGUUUACAUGUUUGAAGUACAUGUACUUUUUGUGUACAGCCUGUAUUAUGUGAACUAUGGAAUGCAUUGUUUGGUCUGCCCAAAAGGACCGCACUACACGCAGUGAGUCAGAAUGAAACAGCAUUUUAAUGUCUCCGGGGGAAAUCGUCUGCUUUGAAAUUUGCCUCAGAAGAGUUUUUGCAACAACUAUUGUCAAAGACGAUUCGUCAUUCUCACGAGUGUGAUCCAACUAAGAAAUUAUUGCACAAUUUGCUACAAGAUAAGUUCCUCGACGGUGCAGAUUAUAAUACAUCACAACACCGUGCGUUAGUGAGAAUUUAAUCGGCUAUCAGAACCCGAUGAGCAGUACUAUCGAUAAGCCCAGCCCAGGGCGUGUCUCCACCCCCAUCACGGUCAAGACGGAGUUCCCUUCUUCAGCAACCGACCACCCGAUGGAUCAGCAGCCGACGGCGGCUCCAGCCGGCGGUCAGACACCGCAGACAGCACAGGGGGGACUCGGCAUCAAACUCAAAGGUAUGGAAGCCAACGUCACACUAUGGCAGUUCCUCCUGGAGCUUCUGAUGGACAAAAACAACGUCCAUCUGAUCACGUGGACGGGCAACGAGGGCGAGUUCAAGCUCAACAACUCGGAGGAGGUGGCCCGGAUGUGGGGCCUCCGCAAGAACAAGACCAACAUGAACUACGACAAACUCAGCCGCGCCCUGCGCUACUACUACGACAAGAACAUCAUCAAGAAGGUCAUGGGCCAGAAGUUCGUCUACAAGUUCGUGUCGUUUCCCGAGAUCGUCAAGACCGAGAACAAGAUCCCGUUCCGGGUGAAGAUGGAGACGCUGGACGGACCAGCGAGUGGGGCGGGGAGUACGGCGGCCUCCAGACCGCAGAGCUACCCCGGGAUCACGGUGACUGCAGCACCGGACAGGAAAAGCCCGGCCGGACAUGUUAAUGGCCACCACCAACUCCACCACCACCAUCAUCGACAUCAUCACCACCGGGAAUCGCCGAAGUAUGUGCCGAGUCCCCUGGCGCGUUCGCCCAAGCGCGCCAGCCCGGACACGCACGAAACGGCCCUGAAUUUGAAAAAGCACAGCGAUGAUCGCGAGGAGAUCGGCAGCCAGGAGCAGCAGUGGAGAUCCUCGGGAAGGCUGAUCCUCAGCGCUGGUCACCAUGAUGCCAGGAUCUCGAGAAGCCCUAGUCCCAGGACCGCGGCUUUAGUCGGUGGUAACGGCUCGGAGGCAAGGCUGACCGUCGAGCCGAGCCUGGUCACCAGCACCGGCCGGCCUUUCAGCACCGUCUGCACCCCAAGCACGGCCUCCACGGCCAUUAGCAGCUCGUCCACCAACCGACCCAAGCCCUUGCCCAUCGCUACCUUGCAGACGCCCAAGGGUGACUUGUUCGCUGCCGCCAUGCCCUCCAAGAUGUCCACCACCAGCCCGUCUUUCCUGACCACCUCUAACGGGCUUACGGUGCCCUGCUACGCCGGACCACACACCCCUUUGCCCGGCACACCAAUCAUGGUGGCAAGUCCCAUGUUUGGUCAAAGCGGCACUCCUUUGGUUCCACUCCAUUUCUGGAGCACGUUGAGCCCUCUGGCUCUCAGCCCUUCUAUGAAUUCCCAAAUGAACACAUUCCAGUUUCCCGCCAUUAUCAAUGGACUGACUGGCACACCAGUCUCAGUGUCUGGCAUGAUGCCCAUCCAUACCCCUACCGUGGUCUUUUCACCAACGACGACCAAGCCGAUAGUUGUACCUUGAGCCAUACAGACUGAUUUAAAUCUUGGAAGACAAAAAUUCCUCUAUUAAAAAAAAAACAUUGAAAUGGUUUCCCGCGAGUUCUUGGACUUAAGUCUGACUUUUUGUUUGUGAUAAAGUCCCAACAGAUGACUGAAAUGCACGGUGUCCAAAUUUAUUGAGGUCCAGCCGUUUAGGUCUUUUUGAGCUGAUCUCGUGGUGGCUGUGCACACGACAGCAUUAACUGGCCGGCUUGAAUCAAGUCUAGCAAAUAAUCGUCCAAAUGUUGUCUUGGAACCGUUACGUCUCAUAUCAAUUUUUUAGGCGCAAAUGAUGUGUGAAUGUCGUCCGCUCAUAUAUCAUCCAAAAUACACGGAUUUGCAGGAGUGUGUUUGCACUAUAGCACUCGAUUUUUCUGGUGGAUAAUGUAGUCCUGUAGGUACAGGUCGAUUAAAUUCGUAUAACAAACAUUCUGUAAAUAAUAUUAAUUUGGCUGGUUUUCUUCUUUUUUGUUGUUGGUGUAUUGUUUAGUUUAGUGGUAUUAACGAUACACCAUUCGGAAUUGUAUAUAUAAAAAGGGCUGUGCCUUCAAAAUAUUUCAAGGAAAAAAAGACAGAACUAUUUUUUUUUCCUGGAUAGAGUGAGAUUAUAUUUUUGUAAAAAAAAAUAAAUAGUUGUGGGAUCCUGUUUCCAAUGGGUUAAUAUUUUCCCGUUCAUUCCGGAUCCGCGCGUAUCAGUUUCGGAAUGAUGGUGACCCCGGAUCCUCGGGUCAACAUUAAAUAAUGUACAUACACGUAGGGGUUUUUGUGAACAUAAAAGGGGUUUUUACCGUCUGUUUCCCGCCUUCAUGCACACUCUCCUUUUUUUUGUCUGUGACGUCCUUCCGAGUAUGAGAUGUCUUAUUUUCAAUGUCGAUACCAGUCACUCUUACACACGACCGGAAAAACGUCAGACCCUAUGCGAGUCUAAACUGUGCCGUAGGUUUGAAAUGAAAUGUAUGUCGGUUUCGGAAAACCUUGAAUAACGCAAAAUGCUCAAACUUAAAAAUGACGUUAUCCGUUUGAUCUUCUCUCUGUGAAAGUCCGAAAUAAGUACCACGCUUAUACAUAAUCAUAAAAAAAAAUCAUCUACCAAACUUUCAGCCUCCAAUUUUUAAAGCUGACCAAAAUAAUCUGCAAACUGGCCUUUAUUAAAUGUAUGUUUGGGUCCACGCUAUACCGCGAUAUGAAACGUGCAUCUAAUGCUCUUUAAGUUUAACACGGGUUAGGAGGUUCGGGUUUUUUUUUUCAAUCUAAAAAAUAAGUGUAGAUGUUACUCACGUAUUAUUAGUGACGUUUCACUCCUGAGCUAGGAGCUUCGUCAGACUGGCAACCAAAACUGCCUUUUUAUAUCCUUUAACAUGGUAAGGAAAUAUGCGGACAAGCUAAGUUGUAGACUUUAAAUACAUUGAUUACCAUUGCCUAGUUUGUUUGAUUUAUCGCGUGUGUCCGAUUCUAUACUCAUCUCACAAUUACUUUGUACAAACAAUGGUAUAUUGUUUUCUGAAAAUGUGAUACGAAUGGUACCAGUACCGGUAACUGAACUUUUCUUUGACACCAACAGAGGAAAAAAGGAUUAUCGAACAAUGUUUACAGAUCUAUUGGUCCAAAUUAUAUUUUAAAAUGUCAUUGGCCAACACGGAUGUAAGAACAAAAGGGGAAAAACUGGGAUCCGGAAUCAACGACGCGGGAAAAUAUGAUACUGUUAUAUGAUACCGGGGUAGAAUAAACAAGCUCACAUCAUGCCUCCAAUAGAAUGAAACAAGAAACUGAAAUGAAAAGAAAAGAAGUUGGAUUGACGUCCCCGGUUUUAAGUCAGUUUUCCUGUUUUGUUUUUAAUAUUAUUUCACAUUUUAAUUCCCCUUCCUUAAAGAAACAGAACUUGGUAUGCAAAGACGAUUACGAUCAGUUCCCCCCAUUCCUGAUGGGCCGUUUUCAUUGUAUGUUUGUGUAUGAUCACUGUCUGUAUGUUGAGCAAUCUUUAUGCCAAAUUCGUGUUGCUCUGAACAAAUGUCUGUAUAUAGGUACAGCCUAAAACAAGGCUCCUAUCUCGUGGCCAAAAUAGGCUGGUGCACAUGACUUGAAGUAAUUUUACCCCGGUUUUGAUAUCACAGUCCAAGUGAAACUAGACAACUGAAGAAAAAAACCGGCAUAUUAUUUCAAGACAAAUUUAAUUUCAGUCGUAAGAUCUAAUUUAUUAUUUCGUGUCUUUUUCUUCCAUGUUGUCUAUGACAACCAAAUUCACUCUCUGGACAAUUCUCCAUGUGAAAAGGAACUUAACUAUGAUAACGACAGUUGUAGUAAUAUGAAAUUAGGUUUGAAGAUCUUUUGCUUGUAUUAUAUCACAUUGCAUUAUCAUAUUUUUCCAAAAACAACACUCGAUUGAAUUCAUUCCAACCCAUUAAACGGCAAUUUUCCGUGAUAAUAGUUUUGUUUGUAUCAAAACCGAAAAAAGACCUAAUUGAACCAAUUAAUGUUUGUAAGUACGAUUUUUUAUACCCGUAAAAAAAUGUACAUUAAUUAUUAAUCAGUGCGUUUGCAAUUUUUGUGUAAAAAAAAAUGUUAGUAACAAAAUACGUAUUGUCGCUCACGCUGGACGUGGCUGAAAGUUAUAUCAAGGAAGAUUUAUUUUAUAAUUCAUAAGUUAUUAUUUCGUUUGUCUUGAUGUUUUGUUGUAAAGCAGAAUUAAAAUUGUGCUGUGCUGUUUCGAUGAUUGUGAAGAACAAGCGAGCCUGAAAAUAAAGAAUGGUAUAGCUUAACCGAA